AAUCGUCGUUGGGAAGGAUUAAAUGAAACUGUUCAUGAAUCAAUGAAGAAUGUAUAGAAUUCUAUAUAUUUUAUUUGAAAAUAAAAUUAUUUCGAAUUUUAUUUAGCUUAAAUAUAUGUUAAGUAUUCAUGGUGAUUUUCAAUUAACACAAGAUUCAUUAGCAGUUUGGUUAACAGAUCUUGAAGUUGUCUUAACAAAUCUUGAACAUUUAUCAGAAGCACCAUUAAAUGAUAAACUCCAACAAUUAAAUGAUAUCGAUCGUGAAAUACAUGAAAAAUUAGCUAAAAUUGAAUAUGUUCAAACAUGUGCUAAUUAUUUACUUAAUAAAACUGUUGAUGCUCGUGGUUUAACAAUUAAUAUGAAUGAAUUAACAAAAUGCUGUCAACAAUUAAUAAAUUUAACAAAACGUAUUAAAACAAUAAAACAAAAAUUAAUUAAUUCAAAUAACCGUCAUUUGGAGUUAAUUAGUUCGCCACCACGUGUUUCACCAAUUCAUAAACGUUUAGCUUCACCAUCUUCGUCAAGACCUCGAUCUGCAGCUCGUUCUCCAGCACGUUCUCCAGUUCGCUCUCCAGUUCAUUCUCCAGUUCGUUCUAUUCGUCCACGACAUCGUUUACUUCGUUCAUAUGAUUCAAUUGAAUCUGAAGAUCGUCGUCAACGUACAGAUGAAUUAUUAGCUGAUUUCGAAGAUAUUCUUCUUCAAAUUAAUGGUGAUAUUCGCGCUAAAGAAGAAAAUCUUUAUUCACCCACACCCGUUGGUAUUCAAAUUGAACAUCUACCUAAUGAAUUUAGUUAUAAUCGAACAUUAAUAUCUACUCAUCGAAAAAUUGAUGCCUUGCAGGAAUUAAUUCCUCAAAUUCGACAAGAAUUAGGUACAUAUUUAAUACAAGAUCUUAAUUAUGAUCCAUCAGUACUUGAUAUUAUGAAUAAAUGGUCACGUUUACAAACCUUAGCUAGUAAUAAAGAUGAAGAAUUAACUCGAAAUCGUCAACAAUGGAAAGAUUUUAAACGACAAUUAGAUAAUCUUGAACAAGCCGCUCAACAAAUCACAAAUCAAAAUGAUCAUUCAUUAUCUCGAACCAGUCAUUCAAAACAUGAUACAAAUCAACGAUUAAAUGAAUUUCAAACACUUUUGAAAUCAACAAAUGAGUUAGCAAUUAAUUUUAAUGAUAAUUCAAAUGAAUGGAUUCUUAUUGAACAUCGUCUUCAAUCAAUUCAAGAUAAAGUUCAAUUACUAUCAAAUAAAUCAACUUAUCAACGUUGUGAAAUAAAAAUAAAUCCAAAUUUAAAACAUGAAGUAUUAGAAAUUAGUUGUCAAUUAGAUCAUCUUGAAUUAUUAGCACAUUCGUUAGAACCAGUUGAUGAUAAUGAAAUGAAUCAAACUAUAAAUCGUACUAAACUUCAUCGUUUUAUUCGUAUUCACGAUGAUCUUGAAAUAUUAAAUGAACGUAUAGUUCUUGUUAGUGAUCGACCAUUAUCACCUAUAUCUGAUGAUCAAAUACGUUUAACAACUGAUUUAAAAUUAAUAUUAAAUCGAUUACAUUCUAUGAAACGUAUGGUGAAAAUUUAUCUUGAACAAUUAGAAAAAUUACUAGCAUCAAAUGAAUUAAAUCAAAGUAGUUCACUAUCGAAACAUUCACCAUUACGAACAUCAAAUAAUAAUCUUCAAGUAAUUGUUUUAAAUUAA